AAAAAUGAUCAUUUUGGAGCAAAACAACCGAAUUAUCGUGGAACUUCUCGAGCAAAAAUUUGCAAACGCGAAGGAAGGUGGAAAACCAGAGUCGGUCAACGUGACAUUCGCCGAUUUUGACGGAGUUCUCUACAAACUUUCGAAUCCAGAUGGCGAUAGAACCAAGAUAAUUCUGAGCAUCUCGCUAAAAUUCUACACGGAACUGCAGCAACACGGAGCGGAUGAUCUCCUUCGUCGUGUGUACGGUGGUCAUAUGCGUUCAACUCCGGAACAAGGAUUUAAUGUCACUCUGGAAUACAAUUUGGCCGAUCUUCCGGCAGAUACAACGGAUUUGGUGCAGGCAGCUUCUGCUUUGAAGAGAAAUUGUUUUGCUUCAGUCUUUGAAAAGUAUUUCGAAUUCCAAGAGGCCGGCCAGGAGGGGCAUAAGAGAGCUGUUAUUAAUUAUAGAGAUGAUGAGACAAUGUACAUUGAAGCGAAAGCGGAUCGUGUGACCGUAAUCUUCAGUACAGUUUUCAAGGACGCUGACGAUGUGAUAAUCGGAAAAGUGUUCCUUCAAGAAUUCCGUGAAGGCCGAAAAGCCAGUCAAACUGCUCCAGCAGUACUCUACUCACUCGGUGAACCACCUUUGGAGCUUAAAGAUCUUCCAGAAGCCCGUGUUGGAGACAAUGUUGGAUACAUUACAUUUGUGUUGUUCCCACGUCACACAAAUAAGAAGACAAAAGACAAUACGAUUGAUUUGAUUCAUUCGUUCCGUGACUAUCUUCAUUAUCAUAUCAAAUGUUCCAAAGUCUACCUUCACACCAGAAUGCGUGCCAAGACCACUGAUUUCUUGAAGGUUCUCAAUCGGGCACGUCCAGAGGUCAAAGGAGAAAAGAAGACGUUCCAUGGAAGAACUUUUCAGACCCAAUAAAUGUACAAAUUAUCACAAUUGUUACCAAAUAUUUUUUUUCUGUUUUCGCUUUAAAACCUUAUUUAUUGCUUUGAUUGUAAAAUGUUCUUAUGAGGUUCGUGAAAUUUUGAUAUGAAAUGAAUUAUUGCAGUAAAAU